CUUGUCCGCGCUGCACAGUAUUAAAACUCCAAACCCGAUAUUUCACCAUCUCAUUUCAGUAUUUUCUCUCUCAUCUUCUCAAAAAACCCUAGCAGCACACUCACUCUCUCUAAAACCCCCGCCCACACUCUCCGAGUCUCUCAUAUUCUUCAGCCAUGGAGUUCUGGGGUGUUGAGGUGAAAAGUGGAGAGCCUCUUAAGGUUUCCCCCGGUGAUGGGAUGGUCUUGCAUCUUUCUCAGGCUUGUAUUGGUGAACUUAAAAAGGAGAAAGGAAAUGAAGCUGUCUACUUGUUUGUGAAUGUUGAUGGAACUAAGCUUGUUCUUGGAACACUCUUUGCUGAUAAGUUGCCUCAACAACAGUUUGACUUAGUGUUUGACAAAGAUUUCGAGCUAUCGCACAACUUUAAAAGUGCAAGUGUCUAUUUCUAUGGAUACAGGGCCAGCAACCCAUUUGAAGAAUAUCCUUUACACACAUUUUCCAGUUUUGGAUUUGUAUUCCUUAACUGUGUGUUUUUGUUGAUUCGCACGGGGCCAGAGGGAGAAUCUGAUGAAUUUGACUCUGAGGAAGAAGAGGAAGAAGAGGAAGAACCACUUCCUCUUGCUAAUAAUGGGAAACCUGAGUCAAAGCCUAAGGAAGGAAAAUCUGUGGAGGUUGCUAAAGCUAAUGCUGACAAAGGGAAGGAGUCUGAUGGUGGUAGGCAAAAGGUGAAGAUUGUGGAGCCAAAGAAAGAUGUGGAUGCUAGUGAAGAGGAUGAUGAAAGCAGUGAUGAAGACAUGAUGUCUGAGGACGAUGAUGAAGAUGACUCUCAGGAUGAAGAUGAUUCUGAUGAAUCUGGUGAGAGUGAUGAAGAGACACCAAAGAAGGCUGAGCCAAGCAAGAAGCGACCAUCAGAAUCUGCUACAAAAACGCCCGUGCAAAGCAAGAAGGCAAAAGCAACUCCGCAGAAAACUGAUGGCAAAAAGGCUGGUGGUCAUGUUGCCACACCUCACCCAGCAAAACAGGCUGGGAAAACACCUGCGAACAAGCCAAAUCAGCAAACAACAAAAUCCGGGGGAUCACAUUCCUGCAAGAGCUGCAACAGGACAUUUACAUCUGAGCAAGGUCUUGAUUCCCACACAAAAGCUAAGCAUGCUGGUGGAAAGUAAAUUGAAACUCCUCUCCCUAAUGCAUUUCUUGUGGGAGGCUGUGGUUUUGGUUUUGGUUUUGGAAGAGUGCUCGUAUGUGUAAACCUUGGAAGUUAGAUUAUGAAGUCAAGUAUUUUGGUUUGACACAAAAAUUGUAGGCGCAUGAUUCCUAUUGGAUGUUGAGUUCUGGAUUAUUAUAUUAAAUUUAUGGUUUUCUAUCAUUAAAUCUCAUGUCUGCAUUUGUUUCAUUUAUAUUAUUACUUAUUACAUGCUAG